AUGGCUCCUCUCGGAUACCUCCUAGUGCUCUGCAGCCUGAAGCAGGCUCUGGGCAGCUACCCGAUCUGGUGGUCCUUGGCUGUGGGGCCCCAGCACUCCUCCCUGAGCACUCAGCCCAUCCUCUGCGCCAGCAUCCCAGGUCUGGUGCCCAAGCAGCUUCGCUUCUGCAGGAACUACGUGGAGAUCAUGCCCAGUGUGGCUGAAGGUGUCAAGGCUGGCAUCCAGGAGUGCCAGCACCAGUUCCGAGGCCGGCGUUGGAACUGUACCACCGUCAGCAACAGCCUGGCAAUCUUUGGCCCUGUUCUGGACAAAGCCACCCGGGAGUCAGCCUUUGUCCAUGCCAUUGCCUCUGCCGGAGUGGCCUUUGCAGUGACACGCUCCUGUGCAGAGGGCUCAGCCGCCAUCUGUGGGUGCAGUAGCCGCCUCCAGGGCUCCCCAGGCGAGGGCUGGAAGUGGGGCGGCUGUAGCGAGGACAUUGAAUUUGGCGGAAUGGUGUCUCGGGAGUUUGCUGAUGCCAGGGAGAACCGGCCAGAUGCCCGCUCUGCCAUGAACCGUCACAACAAUGAGGCUGGGCGCCAGGCCAUCGCCAGUCACAUGCACCUCAAAUGCAAAUGCCACGGACUCUCGGGCAGCUGCGAAGUGAAGACCUGCUGGUGGUCGCAGCCGGACUUCCGCACUGUCGGGGAUUUCCUCAAGGACAAGUACGACAGCGCCUCGGAGAUGGUGGUGGAGAAACACCGCGAGUCUCGCGGCUGGGUGGAGACCCUGAGACCACGUUACACGUACUUCAAGGUGCCCACCGAGCGCGACCUGGUCUACUACGAGGCCUCGCCCAACUUCUGUGAGCCGAACCCUGAAACCGGCUCCUUUGGGACGCGCGACCGCACCUGCAACGUGAGCUCGCACGGCAUAGACGGCUGUGACCUGCUGUGCUGCGGGCGCGGCCAUAACGCGCGCACUGAGCGACGAAGGGAGAAGUGCCACUGUGUUUUCCACUGGUGCUGCUACGUCAGCUGCCAGGAGUGCACACGCGUCUAUGACGUGCACACCUGCAAGUAG